AUGGUGCCCGGGACCACCCCAUACUGGCAAGCGGCAGAGGCGGUGCAGGAGGCGAGGGCGCACGGCAUCCCGUUGGUGAUAAAAGACCGUGUGGACGUGGCCCUGGCAGUGGAUGCAGACGGCAUUCACGUGGGGCAAUUCGAUAGGGACCCCCCAUCCCAUGCUUGCCUUCUUACUGCUUUUCCCUUGCCCUCCCGGCUUCCCUUUCCUCUGCCCACUUGCCCCCCUCUCCUUCCCCUACCCCACCAAGCAGCAGAGGCAGUGGCAGUGGCGAGGGCGCACGGCAUCCCGUUGGUGAUCAACGACCGUGUGGACGUGGCCCUGGCAGUGGAUGCAGACGGCAUUCACGUGGGACAAUCUGACAUGGAUGCUGCUACAGUCAGGCAAAUUCUCGGCCCAACGAGAAUCAUCGGUGUCUCGUGUAAGAGCCGCGAGCACGCGGAGAAGGCGUGGCGGGACGGGGCGGAUUAUAUCGGGGUCGGGGGUGUAUUCCCGACAAAUACCAAGGCGAAUAACAAAACGAUUGGCGUGGAGGGGCUUGCGGACGUGUGUCUUGUAUCGAAGCUCCCGGUUGUGGCUAUAGGGGGGAUAAAAGGAGGGAACAUUUCAGAUGUGGUGAAAGGAGUGGCUAAUGCUGUUGCCUCUGGAGCAGGUGACUCAGAUAGGUCAGCACCUGCAGGUGAAUCUUCAGGUGAAUUUAGAGACAUGUGGGAGGGGAGUGCGUGUGGAGCAUUGGGAGGGGUUGCUGUGGUGUCUGCUAUUUUUGACCAGGCCAAUAUUGUGGCAGCAACACAGGGGCUGGUUAAAGCCCUGGAUGCUGCGGAGGAAGGCACACCGUUGUGUAAAUGA